ACUUUGAGGAGAGCGUCUGCUCUCCACCCCGGGUGGUUGUCCAACUGUCCUAUUAACAGUGCGUGGGUUUCACGCGGCGUUUGUCUAACGCUUGACCCAAAAAACAGUAAAACUGAUUUUAUUGCAGGGUCGCACAUGGCCAGCACGAGCGAUGCCCGUUCUCUCUCAUAUGCUUCGCCGCCAAAGAGCAGAUCAAAAUUGCCCACUCGAAUCUGAAACCUAGAGUCGGAUAUGAAACUCUUUUUUGGGUCUGAGAAGAUUAAAUCUCCAGUGGAAGUCCGUUGAUCGAUCUCCCAGCCAAGUAGAUCAAAUCUAUCGCAAUAAAGGGCUCGAGAGCUAAGUCAGAAUCAUUUGGUGGUUUUGCUCCGAGCAGCAAUCAAAAUCAAAGGGGAAGUGAGCUGCUUUAGCUAUUGUGAUGAAGAUGAUAUGCGUAAAGCAACUGACAAUGGAGGUGCUUACAUGAUGAAAAAUCCUGCAGGAAAUGAGGGAAGUCAUCAUGCCUCCGGUAAUGUGCCCAAGGGUGGUCAAGCGGCAAAGGUCAGGCCUAUUGAAGUUCCGCUUAUACAAGUAGAAGAGCUAAAGGAAAUUACAGAUAACUUUGGGACAAAUGCCUUGAUUGGGGAAGGAUCCUAUGGAAGAUUAUAUUAUGGGGUACUUAAAAGCAGGGAGCAUGCAGCAAUCAAGAAGCUAGAUGCCACCAAACAACCUGAUGAGGGAAUUCUCGUGUUCUUGCCCACGAGUUUGCAUCUAAUGGAUCUGUUCAUAAUAUUCUACAUGAUGGGACCUAUCUUGCAAACGACUGUAAAUUCAUUACACCUUCUCCGUCCCACAGAAAAAAUAUGUUCCUCCAUUCAAGGAUCCAUGCAGGUUUUGGUGACUGCAUAUUUGAUUUUCUUGUCCACUACUGCAAAACGUGAAAUUUGUAUACCUUUAUUCUAUUAUCAUUCAAAAUUUGGCUGCAAGUUCCACUAUGCUUUGGGUUUGAAAAAGAUGCAAUAGACCUUCCACCUGAGACCAUGACUCAAAAGAGAGAGCGGAGUGAGGAAAAUAGAGAUAUGAAAUGCAAGAAUCCGAGUUUCUUUUAGGUAGUAGAAGUCAUUGAUGUACUGCAAUUGAAACUUGAAACUGAUAAUUUCCUUCCAUUGAUGAUAUAUCGAACAAUGUACAAGUCAACAUUGUGAACUUACAAGAAGGGGCUCAUUCAA